CAGCCGCAGUUCCCGAAAGGGACACGAUAGCUUAUCGCGUGUGUUCGAGAUUUCCUCAACAGCGUCUUACUUCGACCCUAUACCACCACAAUGAAUACCCAUCAUCACGCUGAAUACGAAAGAAUUGUCCAAAGGUAUGAAGCGCUGAAAAAUGGAUUGGACCAGCAACAACGGUGGGAUUCAGUCUUCGACGUGGUACGUGAUAGCUUGGUGAUCCGACCACAGGUGACAGGUGGGGAUCGACGAAGGCGUCGGUCCAAGCAGCGACCCUAUUUUGUAUAUCUUUCAGGCGUAAAGAUUGUGCCGGCGGUAGCCGUCGAAAUCAUCCGUCGAUACUGCUUGUCCUUGCCAUGUCCCACGUCUCGAAGUUGCGAUCCGUCGUUUGACGUCUUCCGCAGUGGUGAUGGUUUUCGUUGUGCAUUGAAGCUUCCAAGCUCGGCACCUUUCGGCGAAAUCACCUCCAGCGUAGAAUCAACACGGAUCUUAGCGUUGGACCAAGCCGCUGUAUCAGCAUGUAUACUGCUUCAUUCAUAUAAAGCUCUUGACAAGAUCCUGCUUGAACCAGACUGGAUUCAUCAAUAUAUUACACCAGAGUUCUGGUUAGACGAAAGGCAAAGCCAAGAAAACAAACGUUACGUAGAAAACGCACGUUUAAUGGAUGAAGGAGCGGUAUCCGCCGCAACAACUGUCUGUCAAUUGUACAUGUCGAUUAUCAACCUCAGUUUACCAGACGGACGAAUAAAUGAACUUCAUGUGCGGCGCCUAUGUCUCUUUACUUGGGACCCGCUUCCGGUCCAUCCCUCUUUCCCGCUACGUUCUCCAACGGGAGACUUUCAAGUCUCGAUUGAUUCCGCCACGAGACCCAUCCGUUUCACGAAGACGUUCGUAGAGAUUUUAGCAAACGUAACGAUCGCAUUGCUGUCCGCCAUCACAGACGACGCAUAUUUCUGCUUGAUCGAAAAUUUUCCAUAUUUCCUUGCGCCACUAAAAUCCAGCAAUCACGAGCCUCUCGAUGUAGCCGAGUCCAUUGACGAUUUAUUAAGUACCAUUGAUUGGUUGGAGUUGGUGGAAGUGGCUGGCUAUAUCGAUAAACCGAUCAAAUCUGAUGAAAACAAGAAAUUUUUCACUUUGCCGUCAAAUGUAAAUUUAUCCGACAUUGUCUUUCGUCGAGCCCUUCCGUCGGCUAAAGACAUGGACCCCACUGUCCUCCAGAGUGCCUACAUCAUACCCCCCAUCAUGAGCCGAAUGGAUCAGCUUUUACUUUUACAAGAAGUGAGAUCAAGGUUUGGUGCGUACGGCAGUGACGAACUAAUGCUACAAGCAUUUACCACCGGGAAUGCUCGCGAUCGCCAUGACUAUCAAAGUCUGGAAACGGUUGGAGAUUCAGUGCUCAGGGUCGCUGCAGCGAUUUGGGUAUUUAUGGUGUACCCCAACGAGAGUCGCCACCAGUUGAAUCGCAUAUACGAACCUAUGCAGACGAAUAACGAGCUCGGCAAUAGGGCCAUUGACGCGAACCUCGGUCGCUAUAUAAAACAUGUCCCCUUCGACCAAAACAUAUGGAAGCCGCUCCAUUACGCUGUGGAGACUCACCAAAACACCAAAGAGGAACACGAACCCAUUAACCACUCAGUGCACAAGAAGAUAUUAGCUGACACUGUCGAAGCCUCUAUUGCCGCAGUGUUUCUCACCAGUGGAUUGCCCUUCGCGUUCAACUACAUUUGCCAACUUUCUAUUUUUCCGAACCCGGCUCGCGAAGAAAAUGAAGGCAUCCAGUCAUGGAAAGAGUUGAUGGUUCGACACCUUGCAACCCAACCGAUUCCACUUGAGAUUGACUCUGACAAGUACGCCAUCAGCAUCGUUGCCUUGGAAUUCACGAUAGGCUACAGGUUUAAAUGCAAGGACUAUCCGCAAACAUUUCUCACUCAAAGCCAAAGCUCCUACUGUAAUUUAAAGUGUGAGCGCAUGAUGUUUUUAGGCCGGGUUGUCCUCCAACUCUUGGUGAUCGAAUACAUUUUUGCGACCUUCCCAAAUAUUGGCCCAGGCAGAAUCACUAGGCUCAAGGGUGACUUAUGGCACGAGCGUUGUUUCGCUGAAGUUUUUUUUAUGAGUGGACUUUACGAGAAUAUCCCCUUAAUCAAAGGCCACUUCGUAAACAGAAUCAGCGCAGUCGGUGAUAAACCGAAUGGAAUGUCAAAAGGCCUGCUUAAGGAGUUAUGGACGAAAUCACCCACGGUUCCCAGACACUUUGCCAAUCUUCUGAUUAUACUCUUUGCUGGCGUAUUUUUGGACGCCGAAUUUGACUGGAACUCCGUAAAGACUCUAUUCACGCGCUUUUUCAACGACUAUUUGCAGGCGUAUCAUGCAUAGUGACUUCAUCAGGUUUCUGUUACUAAUAGGAAAUUGAACACAAGUCAUUCGAAAAUAUAAAACCACAACGGUUAGGUUUGCGUUUCCAAGAUCGAACAUAUUGAACAGCCCCUGUCCAACCGCCUAGCAGCAACAAGCCCAACCUCCCCAAUCAACUGUCAAUUCCGAACAAGCAUUUAUAAUCCGAUAUCAAACAUAAUUGAAAACAGUCAUUGCAUCACUUACAACCUAUUCAAUAGUUCAAUUAAAGUAUUGCUUCAUGUAAGAUAAAUAAGAAUAAAAGCAUUCGCUAGCGAGAAUCCAAAAUACACGAUGUCAAAA